CUACCCGGAAAGCAGCAUUGUGGAAUUUGAUCAAUUCGCUAUCGAUCAUCAGAUGGGUCUUCAUAUCCUUUCGCGAUGCUCUGUGGCAGUCGUUGUCACCUUGCUCCUCAUUGUGUUUUGGCACAUCCGGUCUGCGCCAGUCCGGAACCACUAUGGGCUAUCCACCAUGGGCGAUCUAUCCCCUACACAGAAAGCUCGGUUACAUGAAGUGGCAGACUUGAUGCUUGAGAUUUACCAGACGCUCGCAAAGAUGCAGUACCUGGAUCCUGCCGGGAUCCAGCCGGGCCCGCAUGACAUUACUACCAUCAUUGAUGUGUAUCGAGAUUACAACCUCGACCCAUCCGUCAUGUAUCUCUAUCGCAUCCUACCGUACAUCAAUACUAAACUUGCUGGAAACUCGGAUUUUUUUCAUGGAGGCGAGUUUGCUGACUUUCGCAAUGCAGAUGACGUGGAACGGGGUCGCGACCCAUUUUUCGCCAGCCCUGAGGAGGAGGACUUCGAAGACGAAGACGGCCCGUACAUGCGCCCCUGGGUAACGCCGCUUUCGAAUCUAGGUAAUCACCAGAGCAUUAUCAUCUAUGAUGCGCGGAAGCAUCGGAUUUGGAUCAUUGACCAGGAGGGCUGGUUGAGCACCGACCCCGCACUGAAAGGAGCCCCAGAAGGCAAGCAGACGAGCAAGAAUCGCAACAGCUUCGAACACAUUCCAAGUCGACCCGCCGGGGAUGUCCUGCGGGACAUUGUUCGGUGGUAUCGCGAACUGGAGGAACUACCUGGCGGCGGCGAAAAUAGUGGUCUCGAGUGGAAUGAUCCGGAUCUGGACCUGAAGACAUUAUACCACAAACACGGCUGGCCGGAUAAUUUUGACGGGGAUGGGUUCCUGGUGGACAAGGCCCGAGCCUACUCCGCUCGACAGGCCAAGUACAACGCGGAGGAGCCGUUGCGUGUGGUUAAACGGUUACAGGAUUGGUCAAAGUAUGCACAUGAGGAAGCACGCACACUGCGACUGUCGCUAGCAACUGCAGAAAACCUCGACAAGGAGUGGCAGCUUCGAUUUAAAAUAUGGCAGGCAGAACGAAGAGAGGCCAGAAAUCUCCAGGAACUGGAGCAAGCGCGACGGGAAGCGGACGCCCUGUGUCCCGAGGGACAGUGCCAAGAGCUGGCAGACCUGCCACUGUGGGAAUUCGAACAGGUCCAGAAGGAAUACGGGUGGAAAAAGGAUGCGGUUCAGAACUAUCAGAACUGGGUUAAUGAGUCUCAGGAUUCUGACCCAGAGUUGUCAAAGGACUUUCAGAAUGAUCUCCAUCGCGCACAGAAGGAAGCCGAGAUCUAUCGGAGAGCCUGUAUAGCCUCCAAAGCUGACGCAGAACGUCUCUGUCCCGGUAAAACACUGAAAUCUGCCACGGGGAAGGAACUGCUUCGACCAGAGACCACGACAGAGAGCAUCCAGAGUAAGUCCAAGACUAUUAAGUUUUUGCAGAAGGAGCUGGAAGAUCUUCAACAGUGGGAGACUCAGAUACCGGGCGGAGCGGUUGAGGCAAAGAAGAUGGUUGAGGAGGAGAUCCAGCAGUUCAAGCAGAGCCUUCGGGAGAGUGAAGAGUCUAAAAGUAAGGCUGAGGAACGGUUGGCAGUGCAUGGGGAUACAAUGUAGUUAUCUUCUGUGAUGAAGCUAUGCAGUGCCAAGACUGUAUUUUUGUAUGCAGUUCCCUGCUACGGCAAACCGUACGAUCGAUGGAAAGAUCAUACGGCUCCUGGCCAUGACUACUCGGCUAGAUAAAGCACGCACAACAUUGAGGCAGUAAGGACUUCCCGAUUAGGCAACUAGUUGGUUACAUAAGGCGGUUAGAUGGGUCGUAAUCAAGUUGCUGUUCACUCCGCUCGCUUAGAUUUUACAUUCGAACCGAACAAUGAGGAUUUCACACAAAGACGAACGGUUAAACGACAGUUCAAGCUGUAUGUAAACUUCCAUCAAGAGGUCCAAUUAUGAGCCUCGUCAACUGUCUCAGUGAAUACGAUGAACUCUUGGUACUGCGUGGAACGAUAAGAUCUG